AUGGCAGCAGAGAACCAGACCAGCAUCUUUGAGUUCCUCCUCUGGGGCCUCUCAGAGCAGCCAGAGCAGCAGCACAUCCUCUUCCACUUGUUCCUGUGGAUGUACGUGGUCACUGUGGCUGGGAACCUGCUCAUCGUCCUGGCCAUUGGCACUGACGCACGCCUUCACACACCCAUGUACUUCUUCCUCGCCAGCCUGUCCUGUGCAGACAUCCUUUUCACCUCCACCACUGUGCCCAAGGCCCUGGUGAACAUCCAGACCCAGAGCAAGUUAAUUUCUUAUGCAGGAUGCCUGGCUCAGCUCUACUUCUUCUUGACUUUUGGGGACAUGGACAUCUUUCUCCUGGCCACAAUGGCCUAUGAUCGCUAUGUGGCCAUCUGCCACCCUCUCCACUACACAAUGGUCAUGAGCUUCCGGUGCUGCAUCCUCCUGGUUACUGCCUGCUGGACCCUUACGAAUCUUGUUGCCAUGACCCACACCUUCCUCAUAUUCCAACUUUCCUUUUGCUCUAAGAAGAUCAUUCCUGACUUCUUCUGUGAUCUAGGACCCCUGAUGAAGGUGUCUUGCUCUGACACUCGGGUCAAUGAGUUUGUGCUCCUCCUCUUGGGGGGAGCAGUUAUUUUAAUCCCCUUUAUGCUCAUCCUGGUCUCUUACAUUCGCAUUGUUUCAGCUAUCCUCAGGGUCCCCUCUGCCCAGGGAAGGUGCAAGGCCUUCUCUACCUGUGGGUCCCACCUAACUGUUGUCUCCCUGUUCUUUGGGACGGUGAUCAGGGCUUAUCUGUGCCCCUCAUCCUCUUCCUCCAGCUCAGCAGAAGAGGAUACAGCAGCUGCCGUCAUGUACACAGUGGUCACCCCCCUGCUGAAUCCAUUCAUUUACAGCCUGCGGAACAAGGACAUGAAGGAUGCCCUGGGGAGACUUCUCAGAGGCAAAGUCUCCUUCUCACAGGGCCAGUGA